AUGCCGGCGGAGGGGACCCGGAUGGCCGGGCUGUGGGAGCGGGAGGUCGGCCGCCUCCGGCCCAAGCGCUUCGCCGACUCCGUCAGGGCCUCCGAGGACUUUGUGAAUUCCCUCGGCAUACAGAAGCGGCUGCAGGAGCACCGGGGCUGCGUCAACACCAUAAGCUUCAACAGCACGGGGAGCCUGCUGCUGUCCGGGUCGGACGACCGCACCGUCGUGCUGUGGGACUGGGAGCGAGCCAAGCCGGCCCUGCAGAUCCACACCGGCCACGAGAACAACGUGCUCCACGCGCAGUUCAUGCCCCUCUCGGACGACCGGAGCAUCGUCACCUGCGGCGCCGACGGGGAGGUGCGGUACGUGCAGAUAGAGGAAGGGGGCCGUGCGGUCGUGGAUCAGGUCGUCGAGACGGAGUAUGCGGUGCACAGGUUGGCCGUCGAGCCAGGGAGCCCCCACACCUUCUAUAGCGCCGGGCAAGAUGGAUCCGUGUGGCGCUUUGACCUAAGGGGGAAACAGUCGAAGGAGCUCUUUAAAGUUGGGGUGAUUUACGAUGAUGGUGUGAAUGAUGCCCUUGACCUCUACGCCGUGGCUGUAGACCCAAGAAAUCCAUAUCGUGUGGCAGUCUCUGGAUCCGAUGAGUUUGUGAGGUUAUAUGACACCCGUAAGUAUCUGCACGGGGAUUUCGGUUGCCCAAUUGAGUACUUCUGCCCUCCGGGUUUGAUUACUAAAAACGAAGAUGGAAUAACCGGUCUGGCAUUCUCGCAGACCGGCGAGAUAUUAGCGUCAUAUAGUUGUGACAAUAUCUACCUUUUUGAGAGAGAGCAUGGGUUGCACUUCAACGAUUUUAAGGUUGGCGUAUUGCCCCUGUUUGGUGAUGGUGUGGGUGCCGCCUUACCUCUUUAUAAAGACAAGCUGCCUGAACCUCAGUCUUUCGUGGGACACCAUAACAAGCAAACCGUUAAGGGUGUCAACUUCCUUGGUCCCAAUUGUGACUAUGUUGCCUCUGGAUCAGACUGUGGCCAUGUAUUUAUUUGGAGAAAGAAGGAUGGGGAGCUCAUGCGAGCGAUGAAAGGAGAUAAACGGAUCGUCAACUGUGUUGAACAGCAUCCUUCUGAGAUUGUUGUUGCAAGCAGCGGCAUUGCUACAGACGUCAAGAUUUGGGCACCUGGUGAUUGUGACCCCUCCAUGAUUGACUUUGAUGAGGACGACGCAGACACGUUCAUGUUCAGCAGCAUGAGCGACGAUGACUCAGACAUCUCGGACUUGAUGGACGAUUUUAUCUUUGCGCCCCCGGGCUCCGGCUCCUCCGAUGGGGAUGAUGAUGCUGAGGACACGGACGACGACGAUGAUGAUGAGGGCGAUGAAGAGGAGGAUGAGGAGGGCGUUACAUCAGACGGAGAUUCGGGCGACGAAGACGACGAGGGGGGUGGCGGCGCCGAAGACAUGAACGACGAUGAUUGA